AUGGCGCCUACAACGCCUCCUCGGGACCUGACAACUGAGCCUCGGAGCAAUGGGAACAAUGAGAAGCGCUCGACGCAUGAACCAUCAGAACCACCACUUUCUUCGUCGUCGGUCGGCGACCGCCUGGCCCAGGCCCUCAGAGACCUUGCGAGGGGUGAGCAGACCGCCAACACGCUCGAGGCUAAUCUGAACAACUUGGAGAGCAAGCUGGACGAGUUACUGGCGUCGUUCGGCGCCUCUUCUCAGGACAUGGACGCCAUUGAUGGGGAAGACAAGCAACAGCAGAAGAGACGAAGUGAGAAUGAGAAGGGUGCUGCUGAGGGUGAGGGCGGGAAAUAG